AAAGUGUUAGUUUACGAACAUGGCGACAAUUGUUCCAGAAAGCGUUUCCUCUAAGUCUGAGCCGUUGUGUGUGAGUGACACAGACCCCCUGAAUUGGGGUGGGGCAGCGGAUUCACUCAAAGGUAGCCACUUUGAGGAAGUAAAACGGAUGGUGGCUGAGUACCGGAAGGCAGUGAUUUGUCUGGGUGGUGGGGAGACACUAACUGUAUCGCAGGUUGCUGCUGUUGCUAGCCGAAAUUCGGAGGUUAAGGUUGACCUCUCAGAGUCUGCAAGGGCAGGUGUUGAGGCCAGCUGCGAGUGGAUCAUGGAAAACAUCAACAAAGGCACUGCCAUUUAUGGUGUUACCACUGGCUUUGGUGCUGCCUCCCACAGGCGAACCGAACAAGGCUUUGCUCUUCAGAAGGAGAUGGUUAGGUUUUUAAACUGCGCAAUAUUUGGCUAUGAGACAGAGUUGUCUCAUGCACUUCCUAAAUCAGGAGCCAGAGCAGCAAUGCUUGUGAGGGUUAAUACCCUUCUUCAAGGGUAUUCGGGCAUUAGAUUUGAAAUCUUAGAAGCUAUCACCAAAUUCCUCAACCACAAUGUCACUCCCGUCUUGCCAUUACGUGGUACAAUUACUGCGUCCGGUGAUUUAAUUCCUCUGUCGUACAUUGCUGCAUUGCUAACAGGUAGGCGAAACUGUAAAGCUGUUGGACCCUCUGGAGAGUCUCUUAGCGCCAAGGAAGCUUUCCAUUUAGUAGGUUUACAUUCUGGGUUCUUUGAGUUGAAGCCCAAGGAAGGUAUUGCCCUUGUAAAUGGCACCACUGUUGGGUCUGGCGUGGCUUCUGUGGUGCUUUUUGAGGCAAACAUAUUAGCUUUAUUGUCAGAAGUUCUGUCUGCAGUUUUUGCUGAAGUCAUGCAGGGAAAACCAGAAUUUACACAUCAUCUAAUACAUAAGCUGAAGUACCAUCCCGGUCAAAUUGAAGCUGCCGCUAUUAUGGAGCACAUUUUAGAUGGAAGCUCUUAUGUCAAUAAAGCUAAACAGCAACAGCCAGAUCCAUUGCAGAAGCCUAGGAAAGAUCGUUAUGCUCUUCAAACUUCUCCUCAGUGGCUUGGUCCACAGAUUGAAGUUAUCCGGUAUUCGACCAAAUCAAUUGAAAGAGAGAUAAACUCAGUGAAUGACAAUCCUUUGAUUGAUGUCACAAGGAAUAAGGCUUUGAGUGGUGGUAAUUUCCAAGGCACCCCUAUUGGAGUUUCAAUGGAUAAUGCACGUCUAGCUAUUGCUUCAAUUGGCAAACUCAUCUUUGCCCAAUUUACUGAGCUCGUCAAUGACAUGUAUAAUAAUGGGUUGCCAUCAAAUCUCUCUGCUGGUAGAAACCCAAGUUUGGACUACGGUUUUAAGGCAGCUGAAGUUGCCAUGGCUGCUUAUUGUUCGGAACUUCAAUAUCUAGCAAAUCCAGUAACGAGCCAUGUGCAAAGUGCUGAGCAACACAAUCAAGAUGUGAACUCUUUGGGCUUAAUUUCUGCUUGGAAAACUGUGGAAGCCGUUGAGCUAUUAAAGCUCAUGUCUUCCACUUAUCUGGUUGCACUCUGCCAAGCUAUUGACUUGAGGCAUUUGGAGGAAAUUUUUAGGAACAGAGUCAAGAAUACUGUAAGCAGUGUUGCGAAGAAGACAUUAGUCAGUGAAGACAAAGAAGAAACUAACCCAUUUCGAUUUUGUGAGAUAGAUUUGCUUAAAGUCGUUGAUAGAGAAUAUGUAUUCUCCUACAUUGAUGAUCCCUCCAAUGUUACGUACCCACUGAUGCCGAAACUAAAGCAAGUACUUUACGAGCAAGCACACAUCAGUGCCAUUAAUGACAAGAAUGUAAACUUGUUAAUAUUUGAGAAGAUUGGAGAUUUUGAGAAUGAAUUGAAGUCUCUCUUGCCGAAGGAAAUUGAAAGUGAAAGGCUGGCUUAUGAGAAUGGCAAUCCAGCAAUUCCGAACAGAAUUAAGGAGUGUAGGUCAUACCCACUAUACAAGUUUGUGAGGGAGGAGUUAGGCAUAGGGUUGCUCACCGGAGAAAAGACUGCCUCCCCAGAUGAGGAAUUUGAAAAAGUAUUUACAGCCAUGAGUCAAGCAAAGAUUAUUGACCCAAUUCUGGAAUGUCUUGGAGAUUGGAACGGGGUCCCCAUCCCAAUAUAAUGUGUAAUGUGCUAAUGUUUGACAAUAACUAGCUGGCAAUUUUAUUAUAAUGCUGUCUGUUGCUUCUAUUAGAAUAAGUAGUUGAGAGAAACUAGUGUGGAU